GUGCAGAAGCCGCUGUGCCAGCAGGUCUGGUACCACGGGGCCAUCCCGCGCUCGGAGGUGCAGGAGCUGCUGACCUGCAGCGGGGAUUUCCUGGUGCGGGAGAGCCAGGGCAAGCAGGAGUACGUGCUCAGCGUGCUGUGGGACGGGCAGCCCCGGCACUUCAUCAUCCAGGCUGCCGACAACAUAUACCGGCUGGAGGGCGAGGGCUUCCCCACCAUCCCGCUGCUCGUCGAGCACCUCCUGAGGGAUGUGGGCCUGGGGCAGGCGGGGGGACAGCUCACCGCCUUCGGUGUCUGCUCGCUGCAGGACAAAUGGGUGCUCAACCAUGAAGACGUGCUGCUGGGGGAGCGCAUUGGCCGGGGUAACUUUGGAGAGGUGUUCAGCGGCCGCCUGCGUGCUGACAACACCCCCAUCGCUGUGAAAGCCUGCCGGGAAACCCUCCCACCUGAACUCAAGGCCAAGUUCCUGCAGGAAGCCAGGAUCCUCAAACAGUACAACCACCCGAACAUCGUCCGGCUCAUUGGCGUCUGCACCCAGAAGCAGCCCAUUUACAUUGUCAUGGAGCUGGUGCAGGGUGAGUGGGACCUGGCCGCUCGCAACUGCCUGGUGACGGAGAAGAACACCCUGAAGAUCAGCGACUUUGGGAUGUCGCGGGAAGAGGAGGAUGGUGUCUACGCCUCCACGGGGGGGAUGAAGCAGAUCCCCGUCAAGUGGACUGCCCCUGAAGCACUCAAUUAUGGCCGAUACAGCUCGGAGAGCGAUGUCUGGAGCUUCGGGAUCCUGCUGUGGGAAGCCUUCAGCCUGGGCGCUGUCCCCUACGCCAACCUCAGCAACCAGCAGACGCGAGAGGCGGUGGACCAGG